CAAAUCUGUACAGUUUAUGAUCAGUGAUCACCUACCGUACUAUAAAUCCUAGUUAUAGAAAAUUAUGUGAAGUGAAAUAUGGCAGAGCGGGCAAUAAAUCAGAAAAAAGCCCAGUUUUUGAACAGUUUUUCCCCAGUGACCGUCUCCUUCGACGAACUAGUCCGAGAAAAGUUAGAAUGUGGAAAAUUCCCCCUGACCAAAACGGCGUGGAUUAAAGUAGUGGCUACAAUAGUGUCCUUAGCCGGAAUAGCUCUCUUUUUGGCGCAGGCCUGGGACGUCUGUGUGGACAAACCCGAUUGGUACGACAUAGUUUUCCCCGCUUGUGUGGGUUGUAACAUUGUUGUACAAUUAGGGUUGUACUUGAUAUUUUCGUGCGGGGGCACCGUAAGCCAACCUGGAAAAUGGGUGACGGCGGACAUCGUUUUGAAUUUGAUAUUCGCUGUGGUUGGGAUUGUGGGUUCGAUAAUGACCACUGCAACCAAAGUGACGUGUAAGGAGAACGUCAGCAUGCACCAGAUACCAGGGCCUCUGGGGAUUGCUGGGGGCGUUCUCACCGUGGUAGGCUGUGCGGCGAUUUUCCUGAUGUAUCGAUACGUCGAAGACGAAGACAUCCAGGUCCCCCAAUCACCCAUGGAGAGAAAUAUAGAUCUCAGAAAAUCGAUACACGCAUAAAUUUUUUGAAUAUUUUUAUAGAUUACGAGUUUAGCUUUAUUGCUGGGACAAUUGUUGUAUUUAAUCAGAGAUUGUAGGAUUAAAAAUGUGUGACAAAUACUCAGUGUUGCAAUUAUCCGGUUAUUUUUGUAAUUUUAUGACUGAGAUUUAAUAAUGGCUCAGUUUGAUAAACUGAGGUGAUCAAUAAACAUGUAUUGCGAUGGAAUUGGUUUCAA